AUGACUUACAAGGGCCUCUUCUCCGAGCAAGAUGCACACCAGCCAGUUGCUAUUAAAGAUAAACAUGAAGCUGUUCAGCAGCAAAUUAUCAGCAAUCUACAAGCCCAGUCUAAGUCAGACCUGUCCGCGGCCCUACCUUCCCUGCCCCGAAAGAAGGAUGGAACAGUUUAUAUUUCUAACAUGCGCAAGAAGAUCAAAGAGCUGGGCUAUAUUAUACCCUGUAAUAAAUAUCCAUCUGCUAAGGACUGCUGCAAGGAUCAGAAUACCUCUCUAAGGCCUGCUGCUGUUCCUUAA